AUGGCCGUAGACAAAAGAGACUUCAAACAAUCCUGCCUUAAGGAAGCUGACAAGCAGCUUAUCUCCAAGAGACGAGGAGCUUCCAUCCUUAAGCGACUACGAUACACAACGAAGACCCAACAACGCUCUUCUCGGAAGGAAGAAUUGCCAGCACCACGACACAUCGAUUUCGAUAAGCCAUUCAAGAAUAGAAUUCAUUUCUACAACAAGGUUCAAGUGGUAUACAUUCCUUCUCGAGACCACUACCCAGAUGCACUGAAGAGCACAAUCUGGUCCAACUCUGCCGAGAUCAGACAGAAUGCUAGACGAAACACGAUCGAAUUUGCUGCGGAAGGAUGGGAUUGGAGACGAUGCUGUGAAGAUGAAGCCAUGUUUCUGUCUCCGCGAGGAGAAAGAAUACACCCGGUUCACUUUCGUCAGUAUCACUCCUAA